UUUUGGCUAUUUUGAUAACAAUCAUCUAUGGCAAUUUUAUAAGCUGCAACGCGAUGUUGACAUCUUAAAAAUCUAUGACAAAUGUAAUAGUCAACGGUUAUUGAGUAGAAACUCGAUGUCUUAUAUUGCAUUUGUUCUUUUUCCCUAUAGAUUUGUUUGACCAUCCGUUCAUUUUGUUGCUUUUGAAAAAAAAACUAUUACCAUAAAAUUUUUUAAGUUCUUCUAGAAGAAUUUCUGAUUUUGAUCUUAAUAUUUUUUUUCUUCAUUGUAAAAUUGUUAAUAUUUCACAAUGAAGUACAGUUAUCUAGAAAGUGAUAUCUUUAUUGAUGAAAAAUACAUUAUUACAAUGGAGUGUGAAGUUGUUGAAAGUAACUUAGGCUCAUUUAUAAUUCCCGACGAUCAUAUGGUGAAAAGUUCGCUCUCUGAAACUAUAUUAUCCAACUCGAUUCGUGAAGAAAAACCAAUGUUGGUUAAUAAAUUCGAUCCUAUUGACUAUAAGAACAAAAAUAUCCAUCCACGGGUAAAAAAAACACACCCAACAACUCAGCUGGACUCAUUCGAAUUGAAAUCUAAAGUUUUUGUAAAAGAUGUAGCAUUGCAAACCGAUAGAAAACAAGUAUCUAGUAACGAUAAUAUAAAGAUUAAUACUAUAGGUAUUCAAAAUGGUGCGACAUUCAAACAUGACCCACCUACUUUAAACUAUACAUGCAAAGUUUGUGGAAAAUAUUUCAAACGGCUAUGUAUUUUGAAAUUUCACGAAAAGAUUCAUUUUAAGGAUGAAUUUUAUAAAUGCGACAAGUGUCGCAAAUCGUUCAUGGACCAAUCAGCCCUGAAGGAACACAAAAAAAUGCACAAAAAGUCGUUUAAGUGUAAUAUUUGUAAUAGAUCAUUUACACGGUUGAAAUAUCUACAGACACACACUAGGGUCCACGUUACUGAAAUCUUACAUCAUUGUAAUGUUUGUAACAAGACUUUCAUGAGGCGCGAACAUUUACAGAUGCACAUAAGAGUACACUCAGAUAACAAGCCUCGCACUUGUUCCAUCUGUAACAAACGGUUUGGCACUUCUCAAAAGUAUAAACUACAUAUUUUAAUUCAUAAUGAGCAAUCAUAAUACGUUUGACUAAUUUUUAUUAAUCCUUUUUAUAAUUUGUUUAUAUUAUCAUGCAUUACUUCAAAUCGUUAUGUCAUUUACCAUAAAUUAUCACACUUCUACUUAAUUGUAAAAUAUAACUUAAUAUGUCUAAUUAAACUUCGUGAAAAUAUUAAUUAUGUUCCUUAUACA